UAAUGCCUUAUAUGUAUAAUUUACAGGGAUACUUGUUUACAUUUCUGGUUGGAGGGGCUAUAAUAUUCUUUAUAAUCGCUUAUGUGAAUAUGACUCUUAAAAAAUGUCCUGGAAUGUCAAAUAACUCUUUUGAAGGUAAAAGGAGGUCAGUUUUCUCUGCUCAAUUUGUUCGAAGUUUGUUCUAUUCAGACAUCAGUAUAUUUCUCAGAAUAGGAUCAGUCGUUUUUGGACUGGGCGCUUUGAUAUCUAGUGGUUUAGAGGUUUCUUCUGUUUUUACUACGCCUGAUGGAUGCAUAGAUGAAUUAAAUAUGAUACAGCCCAUACUACUAGCCUUAUUCAACUUCAUACAAAUGCAUUUUCUUUUUAUGAGUACUAAGGAAAUGGCAAGUUCUUUUCGUUGGUUUCGUCAUAUUGCACUUAUGCACUUAGUGGCGACAAAUCUAGCCAUAUGGAUUAGAAUAAUGAUGUGGGAAAGUGCAAAAGAUUGGUUAGAUGCGACUCAUCACAAACAUAACUCUAGUGUUGAAUGGGACCAUACAAAAAUCAAUUUUAGUCUGCACUCUCUGGACUCAGAUGAAAAACAUCAGGACGAGUUUUAUCAUAAACCUCAGCAUCGAGUACACACUACAUCCAAAUGUUUUUGGGAAAGUUUCAAAGUACACAACGAAACAGAGGGUUUGAUGACUUAUCAUGUCUGUGUACAAAACUCUACAAUUGGUGAAAUAUGGGAGAAAGCCAUGCCUUAUUUGUAUCCCUUUAUUGUACAAUACAGUUUAGUUGCCACUGCUAUUAUUUACACAACAUGGUCUAACCUGCAAGUGCAACGAGUCAAACUGCAACGAUUUGCUGCUGUUUCUGUUUACGGCAGAGAACAAACAUCAGAGGAUAUUAAUUGCGGUGGCUCUACUCGUGGCAUGUUUUUAGGAUUUUUAAUUCUUGUCGUGGGAAUUAUUGCUGUUGUAUUAUUUUUUGUUCUUGCAAAAGAUAGAAGUUUCAAUGUUCACUUCAUGAUUGCCAUAAUAGAAUGCGUUAUAUUUGCUCUCUCUACUUUGAUAAUAAUAAUUGGAAUAGUACAGAUUAAGAAAAUGAAGAGUAAAACAUCAAGACAAGGAAAGUUAUCAGAUUUUCUUCAAAGAAUAGGGUUGCUGGCAGUUUAUGUAUAUGGUAUUUGCAACAUCAUUGUAGGCGGAGUUUAUAUUGAUACAUUGGAAAGUUUUGUCUUAUUUAUCGAUGGCUUCUUGAUGGUUGUUCAAGCAUGCUUGCAAUCAUUAUUUAUCCAUCAAGUUUCAAAAAAGAGACUUAGUCCCUUGAACAUCGAUGAAAAGCCUGGUCGUCAAGUUGUUAUCUUCCUUGUGUUUGUCAACAUUUCUCUUUGGAUCCUCGAGUCAUUUACAACUCAAAGGCAGCUGAGAAGUCAACUGCAACUGAAAUUUUAUGGAGAUAUUGCUUGGCCUGUAAUAACAAGAAUCAUUAUGCCUUUUGUCAUUUUCUAUCGAUUUCAUUCAGCUGUGGCUUUAUUGGAAGCUUGGAGGAAAUCUUACCGUGUUAAGCAAAAUUAAUGAAUGAUACAAUUUGCCAGUACUAUUUGCCUUCCUCUAAUAAACUAAAAACUUCUUAUGUGCUGAUGAAUAUUUUUAAAAGAACAAUAUUAUUUUAUAUUUUUAUUCAUGUAUAGCAUAUAUAAUUAAGUCAUUUAAUUUGAAAACCAACUCAGUCCAAUUUUAGAAAUACUACGGAAGGAACUCAACCCAGGCAUUUGAUUUCAAAUCAACAACUUUAAAAAAUACUGUGGAAAGGGGUUGAAUGGCAUCUGGCAUUUGAUCCAAAUGACCGAAUUUUCAACUUCUAUGAUUCAAAGCUCGCAUCUUAAGUAUGCUCUUUGGGCACACGGAAAAAUCAACUCGCCCCUCAUUAGAGGUAGCGCAGAUCCGUAUUUGUACCGCCCGUCAGAGAGGAAAGAGUUUUAAAACUAAAACGAAUUUUUUUUGUACUAGCCAGAAAACAAAAUUAAAAAUUUUGAAACAUUUAUGAAAGAUUGUGGAAGGAAUAGUUUUCGAUUGUAAUCCCUCAAAGUGACUAUUUAGACAAAAAUAGACUAUUUUGGAAAAAUGUGGAUUUAUCUGGUUUAAAAAACAAAUGCCUUAAUUGUGUGUUAUAAAAGUAGCAGGUGUAUUUUUAAAUUGGUUCUUUAAAACUUUUGGCAUGUAAGUAUCAUAACCAUUGGUUUUGAUUACAAAGGGCAAUUGUAUUUUCAUUGCUGAAUUCGACGAACAGCAUGACAAAUAAGCUUAAUAUUCAUUCUGGCAGAAAUGAAUAUUAAUUAUAUCGUGGAAUUUCGUUUCAAUAUCAUUACUUGCUUACAAUUUUAAUGAUAUAUCUUUUUAAUGAUACAAUUUUAAUGAUAUAAUGAUAUAUCACAUAUUCUGCUGGUUAUGUUAACGCUGUAUGAGAAGUAAAUAAAAUUUUUAUGCGAUUUUAAA